CUGGGACCAGGUUGGACGUAUAAAAUAGACAGGACUUUUACUUCCAAGUACAUUGGGAUGUUUAUUAAAGUGGACUGGAGAGAUGGAGUGGUGCGUUUAAAUGGAGAGGUGGAUUGCGCGCGCGCCCCUCACAGCGCGCUGCCUCUUUAUUUUAAAAUCCAGUCAUUGACAACUGAAGGACUAGUUAACGCACAUUUCAAUGUAUUUGUACAUGGACGAAAUUGCGUGUUCAAAUAUAAAAGGAAGAGAGUGACUAAGCCUGAUGUUAACGUGGAUUGCAUUUAUAACUUGGGACUAACUUCCUGCUUUUCUCCUGGUGAUUUACUCCUUAGUUUGAAAGACUAUUUACCUGCCUUCACAAGAAACUCUGGUGUGUUUGCUACUUCUUGCACCUCAGACCGUCUGAAUGUGUUUGUGCGUAACGGGACUUUACUCGUGAAGGACGCGUACUGUUUGGAGACGGACUUGAGACGCCUUAAAGACACUAUUCGCUGUUCGUUUCACGAUUCAAACGGUGAGACCUUUUCUAUGUGCCUUAAAUUACGAUUCGCCUCAGUCCAAACAUCAUUAUUACAUUCUAUGCAACACGUAUCAAAUAAAUGGAAACCGAGAAUAAGGCGAGCCGUGAAUUCAGCGCUUCAGUUUCAGUUACCGUACUACCAGGUUUCAGUGCCGGAGAACGAGCCUGCGGGUACGCGAGUCAUCACCCUCAAAGCGACUGACAGCGACCCUGGAGAGGCGGGGAAGAUCGAGUAUGGCAUGGAAGCAUUACUCGACAGCCGUUCCAACGACUUCUUUCGGAUAGACCCUCAAACCGGCAGCAUUGAGACUGUCCAGCCCUUAGACAGAGAAGUUAAAGACACACAUGUGUUUAAAGUCACAGCAACUGAUAAUGGCACACCGCGACGCGUAGCCACGUCGUCCCUGACCGUUACAGUUAGUGACACCAACGACCACGGGCCCGUUUUUGAACAGAAUGAGUACAGGGUUAGGAUACGAGAAAAUGUGGAAGUUGGUUUUGAGGUGAUUACAGUCAGGGCGACAGAUGGAGAUGCACCAUCCAAUGCGGACAUGGUAUAUAAGAUUGUGAAUGGCCAGGGUGUUAAUUCUGGGUUUGAAAUUGAUUCUCGGAACGGACUGGUCAAGAUUCGCGUGCGUCCAGAUAGAGAAACCAUGGCCCAGUAUCAGCUGAUAGUAGAGGCCAACGACCAAGGAAAGGACCCUGGGCCCCGCAGUGCUACCGCGACAGUGCACAUCACAGUUGAAGAUGAAAACGACAACUAUCCACAGUUUAGUGAGAAAAGAUAUGUAGUUCAGGUGCCAGAAAAUGUGGCGGUUAACACUAAAGUGGCCCAGGUAGAAGCCACUGACCGAGACGAGGGCAAUAACGCUAAGGUUCAUUACAGUAUAAUCAGCGGCAAUGUAAAAGGUCAGUUCUUCAUUCACACCCUUACCGGAGCCAUUGAUGUCAUAAACCCUCUGGACUACGAAAUUAUCAGAGAAUAUAACUUGCGCAUAAAGGCCCAGGAUGGAGGCAGGCCUCCUCUCAUUAAUGGAACAGGCAUUGUUGUCAUCCAAGUUGUGGAUGUGAAUGACAAUGCUCCUAUGUUUGUAAGCACACCUUUCCAAGCCACCGUUUUAGAGAACGUGCCCAUUGGAUAUUCUGUCAUUCACAUUCAGGCCAUUGAUUCUGAUUCUGGAGAAAAUGCUCGUUUGGAUUACAGCCUCACAGACACCACUCCGGGCUUUCCCUUCACCAUCAAUAACAGCACUGGAUGGAUAACAGUCAGUGCUGAGCUGGACAGGGAAACCACUGAGUAUUACACCUUUGGAGUAGAAGCCAGAGACAACGGUGUUCCAGUGAUGUCGUCCUCAGCUAGCGUUAGCAUCACCGUCCUAGAUGUGAAUGACAACAUCCCUGCAUUCACCGAAAAGCUAUACUCGCUAAAAAUCAAUGAAGAUGCUGUUGUAGGGACCAGUGUGUUAACUGUUACAGCUCUGGACCGUGAUGUAAACAGUGUGGUCACCUAUCAGAUCUCCAGUGGUAAUACGCGGAACCGCUUUGCCAUCACUAGUCAAAGCGGAGGUGGACUCAUCACGCUGGCUUUGCCGUUAGAUUACAAACAGGAACGCCAGUAUGUUCUGACUGUCACUGCCUCUGAUGGUACACGCUUCGACACCACGCAGGUGUUCAUCAAUGUAACUGAUGCUAACACUCAUAGACCCGUGUUCCAGAGCGCAAGCUACCAUCAGACCUUCAGCGAAGACCGACCCAUUGGAUCAACUGUUGUGGUAAUCAGUGCCACAGAUGAAGAUACAGGUGAGAAUGCACGUAUUACCUAUAUCAUGGAGGACAAUGUUCCACAGUUCAAGAUUGAUCCGGACACAGGUGCCAUCACCACACAGAUGGAGAUAGACUAUGAAGAUCAAGCCUCCUACACAUUG